GGAAAGAAAUGGCAUGCCAUAUCCUCCUUUUUGCUUUCCUUGCGCUGGCUUUCUCUCAUGUGAUGGCCUCCGAUCCCAGCCAACUUCAAGACUUCUGCGUUGCUGACCUCAAGUCACCUAUCCUUGUGAAUGGUUUUGUGUGCAAGCCACCGACGCACGUGACAGCGGACGACUUCUUCUUCUCCAGCCUUGAUAUGCCUGGCAACACGUCGAACCAGCUUGGGUCUAAGGUGACACAGGUGAAUGUGAACCAAAUUGCAGGGCUCAACACACUCGGCAUAUCAUUGGCUCGAAUAGAUUAUGCACCUUAUGGUCUCAACCCACCGCACACCCACCCACGGGCCACCGAGAUCCUGACCGUGUUAGAAGGCACGCUCUAUGUCGGUUUUGUCACAUCGAACACCAACAACGGCAACCUUCUCUUCACUAAGAUGCUCAAGAAGGGUGAUGUCUUUGUGUUUCCUGAAGGUUUAAUCCACUUCCAGUUCAACUACGGUCCGACACCUGCCGUGGCCAUUGCAGCCCUGAGCAGCCAAAACCCCGGUGUGAUCACUACAGCCAAUGCAGUCUUUGGAUCAAACCCAUCCAUCCCUGAUGCGGUUUUGGCCAAGGCCUUCCAAGUGGGCAAGGAUACCAUCAAGUAUCUCCAGGCUCAAUUCUGGAUGGAUAACAACUAGUGAAGAAGGCUACAAACAGCACAGUGCAAGCG